CGGCGGCGUCGGAGGUUUGCAAGGCGGCUGAUGUAAUGCUCAAGGAGGUGGCGGCGCCCGCGAAUCUGAUAAAGGAGGGGACAGUGGAGGACGAGGCUGACCAGCCUCUUAUUCUAAUUCCGGCAUCAACAACUAGGGUUUUUGGCGGCGGUAUGCGUCGAUUGACUCAAAGGACAAUGUUGGUUGACGAUAGCGACCACACGGCACUGUUUGAGAAGAAGGCAAGCGUCAAGCAAAUCGGCAUCGAGGAGAUGAGGGGAAAAGCUAAGGAUGUGAGCAGCGAGGAGGGAAACAGCGAGGAGGUGAAGUCAAGCGACUAUGAUGAAGACAUGGUCAUUAGGGGAUAUGCGCAAAAUCCAUAUGAUGAUAGUGGCCUAGAAGACCUCCUGCAAGACCAAGAUGCAUUGGAAAAAUCGAUUUUUGUAUGGCUGUUCAUCUUCCUGAUCUGAAUCAUCCAACUCCUCGUGUUCAAAAACAAUGUCCACAUCACCGGCAUACAAACCGUACUCCUGCAUGUCUACAACAAUAAUUUCCAGGU